GUCGGGACCUCAUCGCCCCAUGCAGGUGCAAGGGCUCGGCGCGGUUCGUUCACAGGCAAUGCCUGGACCAAUGGCGGGCCACCAAGGAGGGAUUCGCCUUCUGCCAUUGCUCCACAUGCAAGGCUCGCUUCCAACUGCGCGUGUGCCUGCCGCCCGACCUCAGAUGCCGCCAUCUCAAGUUCAGAUUCUUUGUUGCGAGGGAUAUUGUGCUCGUAACGCUGCUGGUGCAGAUGUUGAUCAUCUGCUUUGGCUACACUGUCUACAUGGCGGAUUACUAUUGGUUCAACCUCGGGUUUCAGAAAGCAUGGGGCGGGCAAAGCCCAGCAACCUUCUACUACAUCUGUGGCGUGCUGCUCUUCCUUGUCUCUGCUGGUCUGCUCGGUGCCGUCAUGACGUGUGUUGAUCGGCGCUUUCGCAGCGACCUGGCAGCUCCGUGCAGAGACCUGUGCGCCUGCUGCUGUGACCCGCUUGUGUGCGGCGGCUGUGACUGCCACAUGGCACCCGUUUGUCUCUACUCAGACUGCUCAGGCUGCUCGUUCUGCUUCUCUGGCUGUAGCGACUGCUCUGCUGCCAUAGGAGGAUGCACUGGAGAGGCGGGGCUCCUUAUCCUGCUGACACUUGGCACGAUCCUAUUGGUCGUGCUGGCACUGGUGGGGGUGUUUUACUGCUUGCUGGUCUCGACCCUGGUGGUGCAGCGGAUAUGGCAGCGGCAUUAUCACGUCCUCGCUAAGAGGAUCCUCACUAAG